AUGGAGUCAACAUUCGAAGCUAAUGAUAAUCCAGACGAUUUGCAAAAGCAGCUCCAGCGACUGAAACAACAUGAAACGGAAUUAAUGGAAAAAAAUAGAGAACUGGAGCAAGAAUUUGGUGUUAAACGUGCACAGUUUAUGAAAUUGUACUUGACUAAGGAAGCCUUGGAUGUCACAGUGCUGAUGAUACUUAAUAUCGAUACAAUUUUAAUUUUAAAAAAUUUAACUGCCAUUAUUAUUACCGUAAAGGAACUGAAGGCUUCUAAGAAAGAAGUAGAGCAGCUGCAAUCUGAGGUCUUUCUGCUAAAUGACCAUUCGAAGAAGAUAGAAGAUGAACUAAACGGUGUUAGAACAGCCGCCGCGCUUUCUGAGCAAGACAAGCAAGAUGCUAUAGAGAGCUUAAAACGACGUUACGAAUCACAGUUGGAAUCAUUUAAAGAAUAUGCCAAUAGUAAGAACGAAAGUAGCACCGAAUUUGAAGAAGAGCGAGCAAGACUGACUUUAAUUAUUGAACGAUUAGAAUUAGAAGUGAAUGAACUGCGUAAUAAUGCUCGUAAGCAAAGUACCUCACCAGCGAGCAUAACUGAUUUCGCUAAUAAAGUCAUACGGCGAAAAAACAAUAUUGUAACUGCAAAAGGAAGAACUCCUGCAUCUAACGAGACACUGGAAGAUAGUAUGGAAAAGGCACAGGAAACUGCAGAUAUGUUACGGUCUGUGGUUGUCCCUAUGGAAGAGGAAAUUGCAUCGCUUAGAUCUAAGUUGCGAGAGACUCAAACUAAAUUAAAAUACUAUGAAAAUAAGCAAUCGAAACAUCAGAUUGCGAAUCAAAAUCUAAUCGAUAUUCAAGGAGAUUUAGAAGGUGCCAAUGAAGAGGUUAAAGGGCUGCAGUCCUGCCUCAGUGCAGAGCGAUCUUCCAGAACAGAUCUUGAAAUGUAUGUUGCAGUUUUGAACACACAAAAAGAUGUACUCCAAGAAGAGAAGCAACAGUUAGAAGAGGAAUUUAGAAGAGUAUGUAGGUUGUUAGAAGAUGAAAAAAUGGCGGGCAAUGAACUUAAGCAGACAUGGAAACUUGCCAAUGACGGUUUUUUAGAGCGUCAGAAAUCCUUUCAAAACGAAAUUGAUUGUAUGAAAAUUUUGCUAUCUCCGCAGCAGCAAGAGAUACUACAAGACAUGUUAUAUAAGAAAGAUAACAAAGAAUCACAUCCUUCCAACUACCAAGUGUCCAGUUCAAUAAAUUUUGCCAGUCAAUCAGCAGAUACUGGGAUAAUACUUCCAAACCUGCCAAUUCAAAAGAGCGAGAACAAUAAUAAACUCCCUCCAGUAACUGAACAGAAUAAUCGUAAUAGCACGGACGACACCUUAAUUGAUUUAUCUAGCACCGAUACUAGUAACAGAUUAGGACCUGCAUCAUCGUUAACGUCACUAAAUGUUAGCUCAAAUUAUGAUGAAAGGAUCAAGCGAGUCCAAUCAGAUAAUAAUGUAGCCAGUAGGGAUAAAAGUAAAAGUUUCAGCGUUAGCAGUCCUUAUAGAGGCGAUAGUGGAUAUUCACAGUGGACUAACGAGAAUCAAAUGCCUAAUAAAGAUAGCUUUUUCCGGAACGAAUUAGCUUCACUGCAACAAGAGGUUAAGCAGUUGAAGGAGAAGCUAUCCAGCGCUGAAGCUUUAUGCGAUAACUAUGAACUUCAACUUCAAAAUUCUGAAAAGGAUAUCGCUACACAUAGUGAAACACAGGAGAGCUUGAAAUCACAAAUUGAAAUUGAAAAGAAUGUUGGGAAGAUAGAAAGGCAGAGACGCCUAGCACUAGAAAAGAGCAUGAAAACUGCUAACGACAAGAAUGAUGUGCUGAAAGACUUAUCUGACUCACGAAAUAAGCUGACUGCUGAACUUUCAAUGCUGAAAGCACAGUAUAGUGCAUUACAGAACCAACAGCAAGCAGUUUCUAGUGGAAGUGCAUCUUUAUCCGCAUUAUCUCAGGCACAAAGCAAUUAUCGAGAAGAAAUUAAUCAAUUAAAGCAACAAUUAACAGUGGAACGAUCGAAUUCUAAAGCUGUCGAAACAAAGUUAAAACGCGAAAUUGACUACUUGACAAAAGAACUGACAUCUUCAUUAUUAGAUGGAAACCGAAACAUUUCCCCAAAAAUUGCUUCUCAAGGUGUCUCAGAGUUUGAUCCUUUCGCAGCAGUGUUCCCUAAUUCAUUUAGCAAUUCCAGCGUAGCAGAGAAGAAACAGGAAGGUGAUAGUCAUGCUGAUGUUGAAGGCUUUUUGUAUAGCAAACCUCAGUUUGAAACUGGCGAGGAGAAAUCGGAAAAUGAACUCCUCGAUUUAAGACAGCAUUUACUUGGAAACCCUUAA